AAGUCCUUGGGGCAGGUGGCCGGGAUCGUGACGGAGCCGGACGGGCGGCACGCGUGGGCGUUUCACCGCGGGCGACGCCUCUGGGACGGCGACAGCUUCGACCCGUCGACGCACAAGAUGAAAGAUUUAGAGUCGCCCAUCGCCGAGAACACGAUCGCGCGAAUCGAGCUGGCGACGGGAAAGAUCGUCAAAUCGUUCGGCGCGAACGAGCACUACAUGCCGCACGCCAUCACGCUCGGUCCCGACGGCGACGUCUGGGUCACCGACUGCGGCCUGCACCAGGUGAUCCGAUACAACGCCAGCGACGGAGCGCGGGUCGCAGAGUACGGUAAAAAGUUGAUCCCGGGUAAGGGCAAGGACGGCUUCUGCAAGCCGACGCAGGUGGCCGUCGCGGAGGAUAACUCGUUCUGGGUCAGCGACGGGUACUGUAACGGCAGGGUGGCGAGGUUCGACUCGCGCGGCGAGUACGCGGGCGAGUUUAAACCCGGCACGGAUGGGGACUCGACGACCGGGUUCGAGGUUCCCCACGCCAUCGAGCUCGACAGCCGAGACUCCACCCUGUACGUCGCCGACCGGGAGCGUUCGAGGAUAACCGCGCACUCC